AUGGCAGCAGUUCUGCAAACCUUAACAAAGAAAAAGGACGAAUGGGACAGUGCAGCAAUGCUCAUGAUGACAUAUCAGAAGGCAAAGGAAGGGGGGUUGGAUGUGAUACAGACUUACGUUUUCUGGAAUGGGCAUGAGCCUUCACCCGGCCAAGUACUGUAUAGUAGUGGCAUUCUGCUCUUUUCUGCGCUUUCAGUUCUAUGUGCAUUUGUAUGUUUUAAUUAUUUUACUGACAGUUCUUAUUUGUUGCAGUACUUCUUUGAGGGGAACUAUGAUCUGGUUAAGUUUGUCAAGUUGGUGAAGCAAGCCGGCCUUUAUGUUCAUCUAAGGAUCGGUCCUUAUGUUUGUGCUGAGUUGAACUUUGGGGGAUUCCCCGUUUGGCUGAAGUACAUUCCAGGUAUCAAUUUCAGAACAGACAAUGGGCCCUUAAAGGUUCAAAUGCAUAAAUUCACAGAGAAGAUUGUCAAAAUGAUGAAAGCUGAAAGGUUGUAUGAGUCUCAAGGUGGUCCAAUUAUUCUAUCCAAGGUUCGCAUGGCUCCACGGCUCCACGGCUCCACAUUCUAUUCUUUCCUUUGACCCAACGAAAUGCAACGUUUUUUCCUAAUUGAAUCCAAGUCAGACUUUCUAACUUUUAUUUUCUCAUAUUAUGAAGUAUUAAACUAGGAGAAAUAUCUUUCUCUGCAAAUGUUUGUUACAGAUUGAAAAUGAAUAUGGACUUAUGGAGCCAUUUGUUUCUAAUCUCUCUCUCAUUCAGUAGUGCCAAUUAGAAUCCAAUCAUAGUUAUUUAAAAUUGCAGCCCAGACGUUUGAGUAAAUUCUUAUGACAUGCAUAUACGCCAAAUGCUUAAAAUAAAGUUCAGAUAGU